AACAUUAAACGGAGUAGACCAAAAUCCCAAACAAGGAAAUGGUGGGGGAAUAAAACGACAAGAUUAUUUAAUUAAUGCAUGUAAUAAUUAAUAUUUUAUAUUAUUGUAAUUUAAGAAAUAUUUAUGGGUUAAAAUGGAUUACGACUUCAAAACAAAGCUCGCGGCCGAACGAGAGAAGGUAGAAGAUCUGUUCGAAUAUGAAGGUUGCAAAGUGGGUCGAGGCACAUACGGGCACGUUUAUAAAGCUAAGCGCAAAAACGGAUUCUAUGUCCAUAAAAUGAAGUGGGCGGAGAACAAACCCCUCUUCACGUUGUUUUAAGAUGGAAUUGAAAUAUUAUUUUGAAAAUUAUCAGAAAGAUGAGAAGGAGUAUGCACUGAAGCAAAUUGAAGGAACUGGAAUAUCGAUGUCUGCUUGCAGGGAAAUUGCUCUGCUACGAGAGCUGAAACACCCCAACGUGAUCGCCCUGCAGAAAGUGUUCCUGUCCCACAGUGACAGAAAGGUCUGGCUCCUUUUCGACUAUGCCGAGCAUGAUCUCUGGCACAUCAUCAAGUUCCACCGAGCCUCCAAGGCCAAUAAGAAGCCCAUGCAGCUGCCGAGAGGGAUGGUCAAGUCUCUCCUAUAUCAGAUUCUGGACGGGAUCCAUUACCUUCAUGCCAACUGGGUGCUUCACAGGGAUCUGAAACCAGCCAACAUUCUGGUAAUGGGGGAGGGCCCAGAACGAGGACGGGUGAAAAUUGCUGACAUGGGCUUCGCCAGACUCUUCAACUCUCCUCUCAAACCACUGGCGGAUCUUGACCCUGUCGUGGUGACGUUCUGGUAUAGGGCCCCUGAGCUGCUGCUAGGGGCCCGACAUUACACCAAAGCAAUCGACAUUUGGGCGAUUGGCUGCAUCUUUGCGGAGCUGCUGACGUCCGAGCCCAUCUUCCACUGUCGCCAGGAGGACAUUAAGACCAGUAACCCCUUCCACCAUGACCAGCUGGACAGGAUAUUCAGUGUCAUGGGCUUCCCAGCAGAUAAAGAUUGGGAGGACAUCAGGAAGAUGCCCGAGUACCCCACCCUUCAGAAAGACUUCAGGAGAACGACGUAUGCAAAUAGCAGCCUCAUCAAAUACAUGGAGAAGCAUAAAGUCAAACCUGACAGCAAGGUUUUCCUGUUGCUCCAGAAACUCCUCACAAUGGACCCCACCAAAAGGAUUACUUCUGAACAGGCACUGCAGGACCCCUAUUUCCUGGAGGAGCCCUUACCAACCUCAGAUGUAUUUGCCGGAUGUCAGAUACCUUACCCGAAACGAGAGUUUCUGAACGAAGAUGAGCCGGAAGAGAAAACAGAGAAGAACCAGGCCCAACAGCACCAGCAGACGACAGCCCAGGCCCAGGCCCAGCAGCAGAGCGGCACCCAGCAAGCCUCCACCCAACAGAACUCUGCCCAGACCAACGGUAACACAGGUGCUACGGGAGCCAACAAAGGUGGAGGCCUCCAGCACGGCCAGGACCAGGGGCCCCCAAACAAGAAACCUCGGAUCGGGCCCUCUGGGGCCUCCUCCGGCACUGGGGUCCACCAGUCCGAGUACCAGCACUCCAACUCCCGCCUUGGAUACCAAAGCAACGUCCAAGGUUCCACUCAGUCCCAGGGAUACUCGUCGUCAUCCCAGCAGAGCUCACAGUAUUCCCACCAAUCACACCGCUACUGAGGGGCCGAGAACUGCUCUCCAAAUCAACAGCAGGGGCCUCUCCCAAACUUAACCCUCGACCUCAAACAAACCUUAGCAUAACCGCUUAUCUCCCUCAUCCUGAUCAGACCUCAUCAUGUGUCAGAUCAUUUCAACAACGCAACAGUCAUUUCUCUCCUCCUUCAUGCCAGCCUUACUACACAGAGUGACCCUGGCCUCACUUCCGCCCAAUGCCCUCACACUUUACCGGAGGGCACUGCAAUAUGAAGGCAAACUCAACAUAGGAACCAAAAACAAACCCUACCACCUAAGGGCAUCGGGCAAGAUUUUCUAUUAUUAUUAAGUGACACAAUCUGUUGAUACUAGAUUAUGAGAAGGAAAACUCAUCAGGUGCAACUUUGACUACACACGCCUACUACACAAAGACUACGAGUCACAGCACUUACAAAAAACAUGUUCUUCAAGAGGAAGAAUUGCAGCUCUGUUCAUAUAUAAAUACUAUAUAGCACCUUUUUCUAUUCAUUUAACAAGACACUUUUGUUUUGCUUGUUUGCGAAGUGGAGUUUAAGUUUACUUUGAUCGUUGACGUUUUUGUAAAUGUUGUUGGAUAUUGACACAUGAAAAUAGCCCUUUACUAUCAUCACUUUCCUUCACGGUACAUUUAUUUACCCUGGAUAUCUAUGAUAUACAGAUAACAAUCAAAGCAAAAGAAAGAAAAUGAGCCAACACUUUCCUGUUGAGAAAACAAGACAGAAUCUCCUAUUCUCCGGUUGGCUUGGAAUCACAUUUGUAUAAGAGAACGUCUUAAAACUAUGAAAUACACCAUUUAUUUUAAUCUUGUUAUAUUAAUAUUUAGGGUUUUUUACUUUUAGGCAUUUUGUUUGUCUAGAUUUGUAGUCUAAAAGGCUGCAUUGGAAGGAAAUGUUUCUGCAGCAAGUUAUGUAAUCUUUAAUUGUCUCCAACAACUCUAGGUACCGCCUGUCGUCAGACAGGUUACAACUACCAAGCUACUCUUUACCAUGGGGUCGUGUCCACCAAGGAAACAUUUGUUGGUGAAUCUGAACGAUCUCAUUUCAAUCCGGAAGUCUUUAAGUGUGUGAGGUGCCUCUUUGUGGACACCUUUGCUUGACGGAUCUUACCACGGACACAGACGUCACCGAAGGUCACCGAAGGUCACCGAAGGUGUGCGUCGUCAUCAUACUGGGAAGCCAAAAGUGUGUAUGUUCCAGAUACUGUUACUGCCUGAUAGUUUUUGUUGUUGUUGUUAAUGUAAUGUUCUACAUUUUUCUUCUCUCAUUUAUUGCCCUUUACAGUUUCAGUUUGUAUUUUCUCUUAUUCAGUCAAAGGACUACACUGCUGAACGGAUCUGCAAAGAGCUGGAACAAAUUUGGGGUGAAUUAUUAUGCUCCGUCCUCUUCAACUCCACACCGCUGGUUGCGCACUGAGUAUAAACCAAGGCCGAGAAGUGGUUUCUUAUAGUAUUUAUCCUUUGAAAACAGGUUGACUGGAACUGUACUGUUUGUGUGUGCCCAAACACACCGAGAUAGACGGACAUGGAAUAAGGCAGCCACUUUAGCUUGUUCUGUGACUGGUGAAGGGGUGUAGAAACACUGACAUGUACUGGCCAUUGAGAGAACUGGACCUCUUUUGCAGCAAUGGUGAAAAUGUGUGAUUUUUUUUUUUUGCUGCGAUUAUUAUAACAGCCUUUUGGGAUGUUCGAAAAUCAUCAGCCAUGUUCAACUGGUAUAUAUUGAUGAUGAUCAACACUGUCCUUUUGUUGCCAAAGGAGAGACGUAUUCUGUUUUUCUAUCGUACAAAUAUUCACAGCCACAGUACAAGGUACUACCAUGUAUUUCCCAACCGAUAGACUGCUCUCUGUGAAGCUGUUUGCUUCUGACAGUGAUACUGCACAGAUCAUCAGUGAUGCAUUGGUCUAUUAUCUCCGGCUCAGUCAAACAGGUUUCGAGAGCCCGUCGUAUUGAUAGUUCGGCUGUUGACCGCCGUCUAGGAUGUCUCUCUCCUUCUCUCUCUCUCUCUCUCUCCUCACACAUAUCCGAUGUGUUUCUCAGGACUCCCAGCUCACUGGAUCACUGUUCCAGUAUAUCUUAUGUGUGUUGAGGUGAACGCCAGAUGAGCAAAAAGGACUGCUCCUUGUUCAACAUGAGUUCCUAACAGUCGCCCAGAAUGUUUCUGCAUGUCGGAUUGACUGUUGCUUUGGUGUUGAUACAAUGUCAACGUAUUGGUUCGGUUUUGAGUUUCUCUUUUCUCGAUGGUCUGGUAGGCACACAGGCCCGGUGGAUUAACAACCCGCCUUCCCAGAACAGUGGUGUUUUCCUCGGGAACAAAACCAGCAGCUAUUCAAAAAGGUUUUUCUCUUUUUUUUUCUCUCCCUAUGGCAUGUAUUUUAAGUAUAGUUGAAGAGCAUUAAGAAUAAAUGAGACGGUUUCUCAAUUUUCAUCUCCACACAAACGAGGUAUCAAAAGUAUUAUUCAUUGUGCGGCUCCAACAAACAGGUGAUAGUGGGGUAAAUAACUCUCAAAACAGUUCCUAUGCAAAAUAAAAGAGAAGAGAUUUCACUUGCACCAUGCUUCAGGUUUACUAUGAAAGCAUGCAGUUCAGUUAUCUUAUCUUAUUGGGAUAUCCAUUCCUUAUUGUAAAUCUAAUGUUGAAUAUUGUAAUUGAAGAAGGCAUUCACUUGUUUCUUACAGCACUGUAAAUUGUACUCUAAAUUAAAUAUUGUUAAGAAAAAAAUGCAUAUAUAUAUAUAUAUAGUAUACAUUAUACAAUCAUAUGUAUUGUUUCCAUAUAUAGUGCCUUCAGAAAGUAUUCAUACCCCUUGACUUAUCCCACAUUUUGUUGUUACAACCUGAAUUCAAAAUGGCUGAAAUAUAUAUAUUUUUUUCUUCUCGCUCAUCUACACACAAUAACACAUCUAUUUAUUAGAUUUUUAUUUCAUCUUUAUUUAACUAGACAAGUCAGUUAAGAACAAAUUAUUAUUUACAAUGACUGCUAAGCCCUAACCCGGACGACGCGGGCUAAUUGCGCGCUGCCCUAUGGGACUCCCAAUCACGGCCAGUUGUGAUACAGCCUGGUGAUACAGCCUGAACCACUGUCUGUAGUGAUGCCUCUAGCACUGAGAUGCAAUGUUUUUAGAAAUGUUAGCAAAUUUAUUGAAAAUGAAAUACAAAAAUAUAUAAUUUACAAGUUCACACCCCUGAGUCAAUACUUUGUAGAAGCACCUUUGGCAGUGAUUACAGCUGAGUCUUUCUGGGUAUGUCUCUAAGAGCUUUACACAUCUGGAUUGUACAAUAUUUACCCAUUAUUAUUUUCUAAAUUCUUCAAGCUAUGCCAAAUUGGUUAUUGAUCAUUGCUAGACAACCAUUUUCAGGUCAUUCCAUAUAUAUUUUUAAGUAGAUUUAAGUCUAAACUAACUCGGCCACUCAGGAACAUUCACUGUCUUCUUGGUAAGGAACUCCAGUGUAGAUUAGGCCUUGUGUUUUAGGUUGUCCUGCUGAAAGAUGAAUUCAUCUCCCAGUGUCUGGUGGAAAGCAGACUGAAGCAGGUGUUUUUUCCUAUGCUUAUCUCCAUUCCGUUAAUUUUUUUAUAUCCUGAAAAACUCCCCAGUCCUUAACGAUUACAAUCAUACCCAUAACAUGAUGCAGCCACCACUAUGCCAAUGAGAGUGGUAUUCAGUAAUGUGUUGUAUUGGAUUUGCACCAAACAUAACACUUUGUGUUCAGGACAAGAAGUUAAUUGCUUUGCAAAUUUUUUUUUAGCAGUUUUAUUACUUUAGUGCCUUGUUGCAAACAGGAUGCAUAUUUUGGGAUAGGUUUAGGCUUCCUUCUUUUCACUCUGUCAAACAGGUUAGUAGUGUGGAGUAACUACAAUGUUGUUGAUCCAUCCUCAGUUUUCUCCUAUCACAGCCAUUAAACUCUGUAAGUGUUUUAAUGUCACCAUUGGGCUCAUGGUGAAAUCCCUGAGCGGUUUCCUUGAGUUAGGAAGGACACCUUUAUCUUUGUAGUGACUGGGCGUAUUGAUACACCAUCCAAAGUGUAAAUUAUAACUUCACCAUGUUCAAAGGGAUAAUCAGUCUGUUUUUUUCAUUUUUUUUCUUCAUAUACCAAUAGGUGACCUUCUUUGCGAACCAAUAGGUGUCCUUCUUUGCGAGGCAUUGGAAAACCUUUCUGGUCUUUGUGGUUGAAUCUGUGUUUGAAAUUCACUGCUUGACUGAGGGAACUUUACAAUUAUCUGUAUGUGUGGGGUACAGAGAUGAGGUAGUCAUUCAAAACUCAUGUUGAACACUAUUAUUGCACACAGAGUGAGUCCAUGCAACUUAUUAUGUGACAUGUUUAGCAAUAUUUUACUCAAAUUAUUUUGGGUUUACCAUAACAAAUGGGUUGAAUACUUAUUGACUCAAGACAUUUUAGCUUUUUAUUUGUAAUUCAUUUGUAAGUAUUUCAAAACACAUAAUUCCACUUUGGCAUUAUGGGGUAAUGUGUCUAUGCCAGUGACAACAAAAUCUCAAUGGAAACCAUUUAAAUUCAGGCAGUAACAACAAAAUGUGGAAAAAGUCCAGGUGUGUGAAUACUUUCUGAAGGCACUGUGUAUAUACAGUAUAUAUGAAUAAUACCCAUGUUUUAGAGCUUUCCUCUUCUUGCCUUAAUGACGCAUACCAUAAGAUAGAUAUAGACGGGCACCUCUGUCCAACAGAGACUGAAUCACUCCAAUGACCAAUCUACCAUAAACCUGCUUGUCAACUUGAUAACUUCUAGUUUUUUUUCAAGGGAAAUGAUUCUCUAUAAAAGCAUAUGAAAUAAUGAAUCUAGUUGGAUACUGUGUGAUGCAACAUUCAGUCUAUAGAGCCCAGGGACUUUCUCUCACAUCAGCACGAACUCCUCAGUUUGACAGGGUUGAAACAAGGCAUUUUUUAACGUGUGUACAGUGCCUUUUUAGUGUUUAUGUUUAAAGUUGCCAUCACAUAAUGGGAUGUUCAGGAUUGUGUUUAUUUCUCCUUGUCCUAUGCUUUCUGAUCUGUGAAUACCUUUUGAGUUACAUUUGAGUUUGUUUCUGUAUUUGUUGUUGUCAUCUAAAAUGUAGGAUCUGUUAUUUUCAAAAGGACCGCGAGCGGUUAAAUAUCAAGUUUGAGUUCAAUAUGUCCCGUCUCUAAUUUAAUGACUGCAAAAAGUACAACGUAGGCUGAUUUUGCAUUUUCUAUUCUAAUUAAUAUUGUCCUAAGAUUCUGUACAUAAACACAUGUUAAUAAUUUCUCUUUGAAACAUUGAUAUGAUCAUUGUCUUUGAAUGCACUGUUAUUAGCUGAAGUAUUUAGUGGUAAAUGAAAAGUAUUUCAUGUUUUGUUUAGACACUAAAGAUAUGGAGGUUGUAUAAAAGUUAUAUGCCAGACAAAGCUUUUUUAGGACUUCUUGCCUUUUGUGUGGACAUCCUAAUGAUACACACUAGUAAUGAAUACACAUAUGAAUGAUAGUGCACCUCUAGGUCUGUACCUCUUCACGUUCCCCCUUUGCUAGUGUUGCAUGUACCUCCCUUUUCCAAUCCAGAAUUUAAGCACUUAUCCUCCCCUCCUCUCAACAGUCUGUACAGAAAGACACACUCCCAUUUGCAAAGUGCUCCUGUGAUACUUCAAAAUGCCUUCUGGGAAGCUGUUUAUAGGUCUCUUGUGCAUGUGGUCGUGGUGCUCUCUGUCCUCCAAUAUGAAACCAAUUUAACCAUUUAACCAGAGCAUGUGAUUUCAAGUCUCACAGAAAGACAAAAAGCAACAUAAUUGUUUGUGCAUGUUUACGUCAAGGAGCCCUCAUCUCUAAGGGGUACAUCCCAAAUGGCACCUUAUUUACUACAUAGUGCACCACUUUGGGAUGCAGUGCACUACAUUGGGACGCAACCUAAGUCGUAUUAAGACAUGAAGUGCUCCACCAUGUUGUGGUCCACAUUCUCUUUUGGCUCCAUGGCAUGAGACAACCAUGCUUUGCAGGUCUGGGUGUCUGUCAAUUCUAAAACAUUUUCUGUGUGUGUAAAUGUGUGUGUGGCCACACAGACAACGUUCAAAAUACACACAUGGCCUACAUGUAUUUUGUUUUCAUAGCUUUCAUAAGUAAGGCAAUAGCACAGUGCAGGAAAUAAAAAGAACACAUUUAUUCAGCUGGUUUUCACGACGUUGCCCUAAUUUCACUGUACAAAUGACUGUUAAAUGAGAAAAAAAGUCACGUAUAUUUAUUUUAAACCGAGUGUACAAAACAUGAAGGACACCUGCUCUUUCCAUGCCGUCGACUGACCAGGUGAAUCCAGGUGAAAGCUAUGAUCCCUUAUUGAUGUGACUUGUUAAAUCCACUGCAAUCACUUUAAAAAGAUGCUGGGUUUUUCACGGUCAACAGUUUCCCGUGUGUAUCAAGAAUGGUCCACCACCCAAAGGAUAUCCAGCCAACUUGACACAACUGUGGGAAGCAUUGGAGUCAACAUGUCAACGCUUUUGACACCUUGUAGAGUCCAUGCCCCGAAGAAUUGAGGCUGUUCUGAGACAAAGGGGGGAGGCAACUCAAUAUUACAAAUGUGUUAAUGUUUUGUACACUCAGUUAAUAUCCUCUAUUAUAAUAAAAUCUAUUUUGCUUCAGA